UCUUCCUCCUCCUCGGAGGGGGCCGGCCCCCUGCCGGAGGGGCUGGAGAGGUUCCAGAGCCCGGGCAAGGGCCGGGGGCUGAGGGCGCUCCGUCGCUUCGCCGUCGGCGAGCUGCUCUUCUCUUGCCCGGCCUACGCUUGCGUGCUGACCGUCAACGAGAGAGGCAACCAUUGCGAGCGCUGCUUCGCCAGGAAAGAAGGACUGUCAAGGUGUGGAAGAUGUAAGCAGGCUUUUUACUGCAAUGUAGAAUGUCAGAAAGAGGACUGGCCCAUGCACAAGCUGGAAUGUUCUGCCAUGUGUGUGUUUGGACAGAACUGGAAUCCCUCAGAGACCGUGAGGCUCACGGCAAGGAUUCUUGCCAAGCAGAAAACACACCCAGAAAGGACAGAGUCUGAAAAACUCCUAUCUGUGGAAGACUUUGAGUCCCAUCUGGAUCAGCUUGACAAUGAAAAGAUGGAGCUGAUUCAAAACGACAUCUCGGCUCUUCAUCACUUCUAUUCCAAACACAUGGAAUAUCCUGAGAAUGCAGCUCUUGUGGUCCUUUUUGCUCAAGUUAACUGCAAUGGUUUCACUAUUGAAGAUGAAGAACUUUCACACUUGGGAUCAGCAAUAUUCCCAGAUGUGGCACUUAUGAACCACAGUUGCUGCCCCAAUGUGAUUGUUACCUAUAAAGGGACAGUGGCUGAAGUCAGAGCUGUUCAGGAAAUAGAACCUGGAGAUGAGGUUUUUACUAGUUACAUUGACCUGUUGUAUCCUACAGAAGAUAGAAACGAUCGAUUAAGGGACUCCUAUUUCUUUACCUGUGGUUGCAGAGAGUGUAUUACUAAAGAAAAGGACAAAGAUAAGCUGGAAAUCCGCAAGCUGAACGAGCCUCCAUCAGCAGAAGUCAUACGAGAUACGAUCAAAUAUGCCAGAAACGUGAUUGAGGAGUUCAGGAGAGCCAAACACUACAAAUCCCCAAGUGAACUGCUAGAGAUUUGUGAGCUCAGCCUUGACAAGAUGGGCUCGGUGUUUGCCGAGAGUAAUGUUUACAUGUUGCACAUGAUGUAUCAGGCGAUGGGAGUCUGCCUCUACACGCAAGACUGGGAGGGUGCUUUACGCUACGGGCAGAAGAUUAUCAAACCGUACAGUAAACAUUACCCCUUAUUUUCACUCAACGUGGCCUCUAUGUGGCUGAAACUAGGGAGACUUUACUUGGGCCUGGAAAACAAAGCUGCUGGAACUAAGGCUCUGAAAAAGGCAAUCGCUAUCAUGGAGAUAGCACAUGGGAAAGAUCAUCCAUACGUUAUAGAGAUCAAAAAGGAAUUAGAGGCCCACUGAGUCUUUGAAUCUAUGCAAUCCUUCAACCUUUCUUUAAAAGCUGUGCUAUGGAAACUUCAGGUGUGCUUUGAAAAUUGACGCGGGAUGAAAGCUUUUCUGUAAAAUAAUUGGAAUGACAAACAUGUGGUGCACUUAGGCCUUGCCUCUUGCAUUCUCUGAGGUUUAUGUGAAAUAUCUUGAGCCUUUUAUGAAUUAAUUUCUGAAUGCUUUCCUUUUUCGCCCCUAAGGAAAUGCCAUGCUUUCACACAGAUAAUGUCUUUGAUCAAUCAUGUGGAGAAAUGACCAAUUUUUAUUUAAACCAUGCAAAGUAAUUAAUUAAACAGGGACGACAUUGCUUGAGCCUGCUUGCUUGUGUCCCUUCAUUAUGGUAAUGCACAUUUUGGAUUCCAAAAAUGUAUCAUAUGAAGGUAUAGACUUUGAGAGUUUCUCUGGCACUUUAUGCCAUCAUAAUUAUAAAGAACCUUGUUCCUGACA